AUGUCCGGACGCGGGAAACAGGGCGGCAAGGCUCGCGCCAAGGCCAAGACGCGCUCGUCGCGGGCCGGGCUGCAGUUCCCGGUGGGCCGCGUGCACCGGCUGCUCCGCAAGGGCAACUACGCCGAGCGGGUGGGGGCCGGCGCGCCGGUGUACCUGGCGGCCGUGCUGGAGUACCUGACGGCCGAGAUCCUGGAGCUGGCGGGCAACGCGGCCCGCGACAACAAGAAGACGCGCAUCAUCCCGCGCCACCUGCAGCUGGCCAUCCGCAACGACGAGGAGCUCAACAAGCUGCUGGGCCGCGUGACCAUCGCGCAGGGCGGCGUCCUGCCCAACAUCCAGGCCGUGCUGCUGCCCAAGAAGACCGAGAGCCACCACAAGGCCAAGGGCAAAUAAAGUUUGAAUUCCCACAUUUCAGCUUGAGAUCAAAGGCUCUUUUCAGAGCCACCCA